AUGUAAGAUAGUAGUGAUAAUUUCUAAGAUUCUUAAAGUUAGAGCUCUGAAUAAAGAUAAAAAGGAAGUGUGCCUUCAUUUUUAGUAAGACUGUUUGACAUUAUGGAAGUAUAAUCUAAUAAACACAAUAGAAUGAAGAUCUAAAAGAAAUUAUUGGAUGGAAUACUGAAGGAAACGCAUUCAUUGUAAGAAAUUAACAAUUACUUGCUGAUAAAAUAUUACCAAAAUAUUUCAAACAUAAGAAUUAUCCGAGCUUUUUAAGGUAAUAUAUUUUAUUCUAAAAUUUAGAUAACUCAACAUGUAUAAUUUUAAAAAAAGUAAAGCUGAUGACAUAAAUUAAAAAUUUGAGCAUAAAUGGUUUCGAAGAGAUGGAAGAGCUUUAUUGACUAAUAUCAAAAGAAGAAAUUAAGAAGAAAAUGAUGAUAAAGAUGUUAAAUAUAUAUUAAGAAUCUUAGGAAAUUCCAUAAAUUGUUGAUGAAAUUGAAUAAUUUAAGAAAGCACAAAAGGAAUUAAAAAAUGAAAUUUAAGCUAUAGCUGACAGUUAAAAAUAACUAUAAAUAGCACUCUAAUAAAUUAUGCAAUAAAAUGAAACACUAUUUUAGGAAAGUCAAUAAUUAACGUAAGAACUAUCAAAUAUGUAAUCUAAAAAUUAACAGAGAUUUGCAAACUAUUCUAAUAUUUUAACUGAAAUUGUUUAAAGAUUGUAAUAAGAAUAAGAAGAAGAAUUAAGUAUUUUUUAUUAAUUAUUGUAGGAAAUAGGGAUAAUAAUUAACCAUAAAUAACAGGAGAAUAAAAAAAGGCUAAUGUUAUAUAAAUAAAGCAAGAAUAACCUAGUCAAUAAUAAUAAUUUUUAUCUCAAUCAUAAAAUAAUUUGUCUGCAAAUUCUCUUUAAUUUUUAAUGAAUAUGAGUGCUAAUAAGAAUGCCUUUAAUUUUUAGAUGUUUUCAUAAUUAAAAUAAUAAUAAAUGAAUAUGUAAAUGUUUUAAAAUGGUGCUACAUAAUAACCAUAAAAUGAAGCUAGGAAAAAUGAAAUCAAAAAGGAAAGUGAAUAAUGA